AUGGAGCCUUACACGAAUACAGGAGCCGUGAAUUGUGAUGUCGAUAUUGACACUAGCAAUGUCAAGGGCAAGACUGCUAUUGUGACCGGCGGAGCCAAUGGCAUUGGUGAGGCAUAUGUUCGUGCUUUAACAAGCGCCGGGGCUUUUGUCGUUAUUGCAGAUCUGGACGCUGAAGAAGGAGCGAGGCUGGAAAAGGAAUUGGGCAGCUCGGUCAAAUUCGUCAAGUGCAAUGUCACUGUCUGGGCUGAUCAACUGGCCGUCUUCAAAACUGCAAUUUCGUCUUCACCCUCUGGCAGGGUGGACAUUGUCAUUGCAAAUGCCGGUAUUAGCGGCGCCGAUUCGGUCUUCUUCAACGAUCCCGAAGCCGAGGAACCUGAAGAGCCGAAGCUCAAUAUCCUCAAUGUGAAUCUCAACGGCGUCAUGUACACUGUCAAGUUGGCGCUUCAUUAUUUCCGCCGACAGAAUGCUUUGAACAAGGGAGCUCCUCUGGAUCAAGUCCUCAUAUUGCAGGGCAGUCUAGCGGGAUAUCUCGACCUGCCAGGAGCUAUUCAGUACAUUGCAUCCAAGUUUGGUCUCCGCGGAAUGAUGAGGGCUCUUCGCAAGACGGAGCACCAACACAAUAUUCGAGUGGCAUAUAUUGGACCUUGGUUUGUCGAAACCAAGAUUCUGAGCAAACCAGUCGUCGAACAUCUGACGAAGUCGGGCAUCGAGUUUGCCACAGUUGAGGACGCUGGCCAGUGUACGCUGAGGAUCGUGUCUGAUCCCCGAGUCAACGGUCGAGCAUUUGCCAUCGUCCCUCGAAGAUACGCGCCCCGUGGAUAUGUGGAUAUCGAUUACGACGACUAUGCCGACAGCACAUUGUUGGAGAAGCUCCAGACCGCUGCCGGUGCUGGUAACCACCGCACUGCUGUAAGUCGUGCCGCCCUCAAAUUCUAA